AUGUCGUGGCCAGAGGCUCAGAGUUACUGCAGAGAGAAGUAUACUGACCUGGCUACUGUAGACAACAUGGAUGAUGUGAACAGGCUGGUAAAUAUAGUGGAUGCUGGAUACAGCGGAUCAGUGUGGAUUGGACUGAAGAGAGGGACACAGACACGCUGGGCUUGGUCUAAUGGAGAAAACAAAUCUUCUCCAUACUCUAACUGGGCUUCAGGAGAGCCAAAUGGGAUUGCAUCUUGUGUAUCUUAUUAUAAAGGGUUCUGGGUUGAUAUGGAUUGUAGCUCUUCCCUAUAUUUUACGUGCUACACGGAAAAUAAUGGAUACCUCAUGGCAUAUGCCGGUAAAACUUGGAGUGAUGCUCAGAGCAUCUGCAGAGAGAAUCACAUAGAUCUGCCCUCCAUCCACAACUCAGAGGAUCAUAACCAGAUAACUAAGAUUCUAAGUUCUGUAGAUCACGUCUGGAUUGGUCUGUUCCAGGACUCUUGGGAAUGGUCUGACAAAUGGAGCCUCUUCUUUAGAAACUGGGCGGAAGGUCAACCAUCCCAGAGUUCAGGAUCUGAUUGUGUCAGCAUGUCAAGAAUCAAUUCUGGGAAAUGGGCUCAUGAAAGCUGUGAUCUAAAGCAUCCUUUUAUCUGCCAUGGAGAUGGCAAGUUGAAACAGAUCGUCAAACUGAAAUUGUCCUGUAAUGGAAAAUACACAUUGAAUGAUCCUUCCAUACAGACUGCCAUCCUGAAUGAGAUAAGUGAAAAGCUGAAGAGCAUGGGGCUGGAAAGUGACAGCAAAAUAAGCUGGAGAAAAGGGGAAGGUGGAGAGGUGUUUCAUCAGGAGAUCAACCGUACUGCGAGUUCCAAUAAUAAAUGUAAUAAGAAGUAAUCUUUUAUUUAGGCCUUUAUAUCAAAAUUCAAAACGAAUAUAGAGUAAUAUAUAGAUAUAUAUAUAGAAUAUAGAGGGGUUUUUAUUUUUAGUAACAGUAGAUUGCUUUAAGGAAUUGUGAAGUAGUUUUAGCAGAAUUAUCAGUUAUUUAAAGUGCCCCUAUUAUGCUUUUUUUUUAAAGUUACCUAAUUUUGUUUUGGAGGUCUACAACAGGUUUAUGUACAUCAGAGGUCAAAAAACACUUUAAUUUUCUCAUAAUAUACAUUGCACAAGUGGUGGCUCGUCAGGGUAGGCGGAUAAUUUACCCUAAUGUUAAUAAAAUUCCCAGUUAUUCAUUUCAUUUCAUGUCUCAGAAUGUGUAUUUUUGUUUAUAAUUUCACCUCUGUAUAUCAUAACAUGUUACUGAUAUCAAAAGCACCGCUGUUCUUUUACAAACAUGCCGAAUCUGCCGAUGUCAGUACAAGCACAGGGAAUAGAGAAAGGGAGGUGGAGGCACAUGAGCGGAGCUCGUCUUGUGCCUUAGUUGGUAAAAAAUUAGGCAAUCACCAGCGAGUGUUUUACAUUCAGUGCUUAGGAGAAAAGGUACAUCGCAGAGGAGGCUAGCCCAGAGAUUGUAUAUUAGACGGCGAUGAGAGGGUCUGUAUCUCUUACCAUUGGAGAAAGCGUAACAGCUAACUUAAUCACAUGUGGCACC